AUGUAUCGUCACACCGUCCGAUCAGCACCUCGCGCUGCCAGCGCCCUCCGCCAGACGACUCUGCGGUCUACGCCACGCCGAUUUGCGUCCACAGCUCCCGCCGACAAGCCACGGACAUGGAAGGGCAGCGCCUUGCGCUGGGGUCUGGCUGGUGCCGCCGUCUACUACUACAACACGAGUCCCGUCUUUGCCGAUGAGCCGGCGCCUCGCACGAUACCGGCACCUUCAGACUUUGCCGCUUCGGAUCUCAAGACGGUUGACGCCGUGAUCGAAGAGAAGCGCCAGAAGACGAUUGUCAAGCCCAAGGAGGCUGCCCCCGCCGCGACUCCCGCGGCUCCCAUUCCGUCAAGCGAAACUGCCUCCGAACAGUUGACAGCUGCACCCGGGUCUCCUGAGGCGCUCGAGCAAGAGGCUGGCCAGCAGGGCGCCUUCAACCCCGAAACGGGCGAGAUCAACUGGGACUGCCCCUGCCUUGGAGGUAUGGCUGAUGGACCCUGCGGCGAGGACUUCAAGACGGCAUUUAGCUGCUUCGUAUAUUCGAAUGAGGAUCCCAAGGGAAUCGACUGCAUCGAGAAGUUCCAGGGCAUGCAGGACUGCUUCAAGAAGUAUCCCGAAAUCUACGACCCCGAACUCUCCGAUGACCGCGAAGACGAGCCUGUCGCCGACGGCAACGCUGGCGCCGAGCACGAGCCUGAGGUUGCUUCCCAGAACCAGACAACCGAGACUAUUGCGGCCAAGGUCAAUGAUGCCGUCGAGAAGACGACCGAGAAGGCCGCAGAAGUCAUUGAGAAGACCAAGGUUAAGGUUGCCGACGUGAAGGAGAAGGUCAUCGAGAAGGCCACCGAGGCCAAGGACAAGGUGUCCACAAAGUCCAAGCCGACCCGGAUCCAGUCUACAGAUGACACCGACCCAAAGCAGGCCGACGAGGCUAUCAAGGCUGACAUCAAGCCCGCCUUUUCGGAUGCGACGGCGGCCAACGACGAGGUUGCAAAGCUGUGA